UUGGGUGCAGACAAAACAUGGUGGAGUGUUAGUCUGAAGUUCUCUUUACUGUUUGCCAAAUAUUUAUCUUCUCUUUCAUCGCAAAUGAACUUUUAGGCCAUUUUUUACUUUUAGUAAGGAACAUACUACAGCUUUCCAUUAAAAAUGAAGAAGCAAACCAGAGGAAUUACAAAUUUUCCAGCUAAUGCAGGGAUGGGUGUGCACGUAAAUUCUAGUCAACCUACAAACUCACAAACACAAAAUCAGCGUACAAAAGGUGGUAUGAUGGGGGCAGGCAUUGUACAAAAGAAUACAGUUAACCCAACACUACCAAACAAUCCCAUGAUGCCUGCUGCCAGCUAUACCACAAUGCACCAAAUACCAGCAGCCAAUCAUUCACCUGCAGUGACUCCCACACAAGUCCCAUUGGCCAAUCAGAAUGGAUCUAUGGGACUUCCUGUGGGGCAGAUUUCACAGAGUGGAAUGGUGCAACAACAAACCGUAAUUAACAGCCCAGCAACAAUGCCACCACUACAAGCAACCAACACAACAAUGCCACCACUACAAGCAACCAACACAAAUGCUACAACUCCCGUCAAUGCAACAGAUGAACAUAGUCCAGCAAAAGACUUGGCAAACACAAAAGAGAAAACCCCAAUGUGUCUUAUCAAUGAAUUGGCCCGAUAUAAUAAGAUCUCUCACCAGUACACUUUAGUGGACGAACAAGGCCCCGCUCACAAGAAAACAUUCUUUGUCCAGCUCAAACUCGGGGACAUGGAGGAAUACUCUGCCUCAGGAGCCAGCAUAAAGAAAGCCCAGCAUGCAGCAGCAGCAGAGGCCCUGGAAAAAACUGCCUACCCCCACCCCCCAGCAAAGCCGACCAAACCACAUCAUAAUGGUUGGAUGACUGAGUAUGGUAAUCAGCCCAUCACUCCUACUGUAGAACUGAAUGCCCUGGCCAUGAAGCGGGGAGAACAAACCCUCUACAAACCACUGGAGCCCCAAAGACAGCUCCCCUACUACCAGUGUCCCCCAAACUACAACUACAGGGGGCUCUAUAAUCAGAGAUACCACUACCCAAGAAUGAUGCGCGUCUUCUACGUGUCCCUGAAGGUUGGACAGAGAGAGUUCAUCGGUGAAGGCCCGACACGCCAGGAUGCUCGGCAUGACUCAGCUAAAAAGGCCCUCCACAUCCUACGCAAACUUCCUUUACCCAACGAAGGAGAGAAGAAACCUGACAAUUUGGUGGAAACUGAUGGUACACCAAGUGAUAAAGAUAUUGUGAAAUCAGAGAUCAGCCUUGUACAUGAAGUAGCUCUGAAGAGGAACAUGACUGUUAGUUUUGAUGUUAUCCGUGAGUCAGGUCCCCCUCAUAUGAAGACGUUUGUGACCCGCUGUAAGGUGGGGGACAUGGAGACAGAAGCCGAGGGGAACAGUAAGAAGGUGUCCAAAAAGAAGGCGGCAGAUCUGAUACUGGAGAAACUGAAGGAGCUCCCACCCCUCCCUCCAUCAGUGAUCCGCCCCCGAGCCAAGAUCAACAAGAAAAAGAACAAAAACAUCAUCAAACAACAAAUGCAGAAGGCAGAUCCUAAUUACGGAGUGGGGAUCAACCCAAUCAGUCGUCUAAUUCAGAUUCAGCAAGCACAGCAGAAAAAGGAACCAGUUUACACAUUACUAACGGAAAGGGGACUUCCUAGAAGACGAGAGUUUGUCAUCCAGGUACAAGUUGAUGAGCAGACCUGUACAGGAGUGGGUCCCAAUAAGAAGCUGGCCAAACGACAUGCUGCUGAAGCCAUGUUGACUCUGCUUGGAUACAACAAACCUUCCCCACAGCCAGCAAAACCCGCCAUAAAAUCUGCCAACAACCAGGAGGAGACGGGAAUUAAAAAAGUGACAUUUCAAGAGAUGUCCGAGGAUGGUGCAACUGAGAGUGUUAGUAAUGGUAAAAGUUCUGGAGGACGUCAGCUGGUUCCCGGCCUCUUACUGCUGCCCGAUUCUAAAUACAACGGAACAGCCUACAGACCACCUCAUGGUGGUUCACAACCUCUGGAUGGACAUGCUACUUUUAAUAGUUUGACUAAGACUGCUACAAGACCCGAGAUUCAUCUCCGAGAACUGACCAGUAGGAGUAAUCUGGACAUCAAAUUUGACGAAUUUCAGUCUGGACAGGGUGCUACAAGUGAGUAUCUGAGUCGAGUUUCCCUCCUCUCCAACCCUCCCCGUGUGUUUCACGGCAGUGGAAUGUCGACAGAAGCGGCCCGUGAUUCGGCUUCUCUGGAAGCUCUCAAAUUUUUGGAAGACCUCGGCAAAGGUGACGGUCCACAAGUGAAAAUGGAAGGAGAUCUGGCCAGCACUCCCUCACCAGGUGGCGCCCAGCGCGGUGCCACCAUGUAGAGGGACUUUGGUUUAAACUUUGAACUUUUCUUCAUGUUGAGGGUUUUACAGAGCUUUACCUGGUUUGUGGAUGAUUUGAAUGCCGUUAUUUGUUUUUUAUAGCCAUGAUUUUUUGGUGGUUUUUCUUUUCAAAUUAUCCAUUUUCCAAAAAUUUGUUUCUUUUUUUCUUUGAAUAUCAGGAAAUUUGUGGAUGUUAAUAAUUAGAAGACAGACAGUCUUCCUGUAUUUAUAUUGUUAAAUAUUAAUGCAUAAAAACAAGUCAUAUUGCAGUGUAUGUUAUGCCAGUACUAGCUACUUGUUCUUGUGCAUUAAAGCUGUAAAAAUUUCCUGUCAUAUUUAAAUUUGAGAUUUUUUUAAUUGUUACAUUUUAAGAUAAGCUGACCGCUAUAUUUUUGCUUUUGAAAACCCUCAAAUACAAUAGAAUGAGUGGCUCCCUCUUCCAAUAGGAAUGGAAUAUAAUUUGUUGUUUUGUCCCCCCCCCCCCCCCCAGCCUCCAUUCUACAUUAAUAGUUCAAAGUUUAGUGUUGAAUUUAACUGGAUUCAAUUUAUCUUUUGUUCAGUCCCAAAAUAUUACAUAAAACACAUUUGAUUGAAGUAUGGAUUUCUAACAAUGCAUGUAAAUUAAUUCAAAAACUUCCCCCACCCCUUAAUUAUUAAAUUUGUUAUUUUGGUGAUUGACCUUGUUAAAUUUAAUCCAGGUUAUGUUUAUGAAUAUUUGUGAAGACAAAUGUUAAGGAACUUACUUGAGCACAAUUUUGUUAGACAGUUAGACAGUUUUCUCACAAUACAAGAGACUAUUUUAUUUGAUAAGUACAUAAGCAUUUACUACAAAGUGUCCUAGGACAAUAUUUUCACAAAAAAAAAAAUGAUUUAGAAAGUAAAGAUUUGACUGAAUCUUAUUUCUCAAAACUUCCUUAGCCUUAUUCUUCUCAAGCAGGUGCUUGAAGGAGUUUAACAGCUUGCUGUCUUUAUUGUGAGAAAGACUGGGCUUUUUAUGUCAGAGUAUAUCUAUAUGGCCCUUGAAUCUGGUCCACAGCUCACAGAAAAGGGAUCCAUAGUUAUUGUUACUAAGGGUUAUGGAGGUAUACCCAAACUGUGUUCGGGAGAAUCCUGCUAUUUGAUAUUUUGUUUGAUGAACAGGAGGAAUCUAAAAAUGUUGUUCCGUAACAAGCUUCUACUUUCCAAUAUUUCGCCAUGCAUUUAUACUUCAUAGAUAAAAACAACACCCGGGAUGUUUGAUCAAACUCUGUAUCACUGUUGUAAUUUUUAUUUUCUGCAUAAUUAGAUUGUCUUCAUUUAUAGUCAUUUUGUUUUGUGGGGGUGUAUACAAGGUUAUGUGAAGGUCAAACUAAAUGGUCAGUGUCUUGGUGCUAUUUGAUCUGACCUGACCUGUACAUCGCUCACAGUUUUGUCAAAGGUAAAUCAAGUAUUAUCAACCUCUACAAUAUACAUGUAAUUUAAAUCCCAUUGUUAAAAGUCUGUGUGAUUUUUGUAGUAAUUAACGGAUUGGAGCAGUUUUCUAGGAAGUGAUUUUCUCGGUAAUCCAGUUUGUAUAUACUUGAUUUAUCUUUACCACUUGUGUGUUUUUCCGUUGUACGUAUUGCUUUAUUCAUUGUCUGCAAUGUAAAAACACACAGAAUUUUCUGUAUUCAUUAAAAUAUUACAAUAUGAAA